AUGGAAUGUUCCCCCUGCAGAGUCGCUGCUAUGGAUGGCAAGUUCUUUGAACAGUUCAUUGCCUUGAGGUUUGCUGAUGGAGAAGCGGGCCAAGAUACAUUCAAACCCAUGCAGGAUUCAUCAGCAAACAACAACUCUGCCAUUGAUUUCACCCAGUGUAGGGGCAUCUAUAAAGACAUUUCCCGUUCAACUCACAAAGAGGCCGAGUUCUUCUACAAAUCUGCUCUCAUCACAAUCAACCAGAGACUUGGGGUGAACUAUGAGAUGAAAGACCUGCCCAAUGCUCAGCUCUUUAAGUAUGCACAAGAGACCUUGAAUGUAAAUCCCCAAGAACAUGAAGCACUAUUACAGAGAGUAUCAAAUAGCCUGCCCCCUCCUCUUAUCAUGGUUGUUGAUGUAAUAUCAGCUAAAGGUUUGCUGGCAAAAGAUUCAAAUGGUCUGAGCGAUCCAUUCUGUGUUCUGGGCAUCGUCGCUCUGUGGAGGGAGAACACGUCGGAAGGUGAAAAGCACAAGAUGUCGCACUCCAGGCACGAUCCCCUGCUCGACCACGCAAGCAAGGACCCCCUCUGUGUCACGGAGGUCAAGGAGAAGACCCUGUGUCCGAGCUGGAGGGAACAGUUCAGAUUUGAUGUUGGUGAUGUCAACAAUGAACAGCUGCAGGUUGAAGUUUGGGAUCAUGAUGAGAACUCAUCAGUAGGGCAACUUAUAAAGAAGAAUGCAGGAGAUGUUUCCAAUCUGAAGGGUAUGGGAAGAUUCUUCAAGGAGAUAGCUCAGUCAGCCAAGAAGGAUGGAAAGAACCUGGAUGACUUCCUAGGAUGGGUUACCAUACCACUCAAUACCAUAUCGAGUCAAGGUUUAGAAUGUUCUUUUCCUCUGCAAAGCCGGGGAAAGCGUAAGGUGGAAGGAGAGCUCAAACUGAAAUUACAACUUGCACUCAAGAAGGAUGCGCCCAAGGCCAGCACGGAGGCCAUGGGGGCCGCCCACCAGUACCUCUGGUACAACUUCACCCAUCAUGAGGUAUGUGAUAACUCCAUGACAGGGAAAAGAUGGAGUGGUCAGCUUCCUCCAGCACCCAGGGCAGUCCUGCAUCAACUCGCUCAACAACAGCAGCUACCAGAAAUCUACCAGCUUGCCAGCCAGUCGAUAGCAUACAGUCAGUAG